CCCGGAUUUUAACAAGGUUGUUUACCGAGGCAUGGGGUCGGGAAUGACUACCAGAAGAAAGAAGAGUGGCCUUUUGGGGGGUUGAUCGUUGGACGGAAAGAAGCCGAAUGUUGAGUUGUGCUGCAUUUUUGUUUUCCAGUUGCGAUAGUAAAUUUUGCAGUUCCGAGAUAGGAUCCAGCCUACGGCACAAUUUCGUUCGAGUCAACUCUAAUUCCCGGACCCCUAUUCCCCUUUGUUGGGGUAGAGAGAAAUAACGUCAUCCGAACUCUCAGUGGGUGCAUCUCGUCCACAAUCACAUUUGGGUGAAAUUGGUCAAGCCAAUCCUUUAUUGUUAUUCGCCAAUUGUUCAGAUUGUUUUCAAACCAUCAAUUGGAAAAUGUCGAGAAAUAACACAUCCGUCGUGCUGGCCGAGCGGCCCAAGCCCAAAAUCAUCCCGGGCAAGACUUUUGCCAAGAAGGUGCAGCCGGCGCCUACCGAGGCCGACCUCAAGGAUGGACAAAUCUUGGCCGAGACGCUGUACAUUGGCCUCGACCCAGCUAUGCGUGGAUGGCUAAAUGAUGCCCGCUCAUACGUCCCACCCGUCCAGAUCGACGAGGUGAUGCGAGCCGCCGCCGUCUGCCGCGUGCUGGCCUCGCGCUCCAAGCUGGCCAAGCGCGGAGACCUCGUGUCCGGCAUGCCCGGCUGGCAGGAGAUCAGCAUCCUGUCGGAGAAGGGCCCGCGGUCCUUUGACGCGCCCUUUGCCGUCCCGCCCAACGGCCGCCCCACCGACAUGCUCGGCGUGCUGGGCAUGACGGGCCUGACGGCCUACAUGGGCGUCAAGCACGUCGCGGCCAUCAAGCCGGGCGACACCGUCGUCGUCUCGGGCGCCGCGGGCGCUACCGGCAGCGUGGUCGGCCAGAUGGCCAAGCACGUCUACGGCGCCGGCCGCGUCGUGGGCAUCGCGGGCGGUGAGGACAAGUGCCGCUGGCUGGUCGAGGAGCUGGGUUUUGACGCGGCCAUUGACUACAAGGCGCCCGACUUUAAGAAGAAGUUUGCCGAGGCGACAAAGGGGUUCAUUGACGUCUACUGGGAUAACGUUGGCGGUGAGAUCCUCGAUUUGGCGUUGGCUCGCGCUAAGAAGCACGCGCGGUUCGUCAUGUGCGGCGGCAUCAGCACCUACAACGACAGCGCUAACGAGGUCCGGGGGCCAAAGAACAUCAACAUGGUCAUCGCCAUGUCCAUCAGGAUGCAAGGCUUCAUCGUCUUCGACUACAUCAAGGAGUACGCCCAGGCGCGUCAGGAUCUGGCCAAGUGGCUCCAGGAGGGCAAGAUUAAGCGCGGCGAGACGAUUGUCAAGGGCGGAAUGGAUGUCAUUGAGCAAACUCUGGUUGAUCUAUUCAACGGUGUCAACAAAGGAAAACUGCUCGUCGAGGUCAAGAACCCGGAUUCUGCGAAGCUGUGAGGGAGGGGCGAAUUAAUGAGAAGCGGAUGGGGGCGGGGACUAAAUGAGGCAGUGGCUGUAUUUCUUUGGUCAGAUGCCGGUAACAAGAAUACGAUGUUCUGGGCCCCCUCUAUUCAGUUAGAUUAGAGAGCCCAAGGUAGUUCGUAAGCUUGUUUGUUACUUUAGUCUGCAGAAACCCUGAUCAUCGCGAUUCUAAUCCUAAAAGGGCAAUAAAAAAGCCACAAACAAUGCACGAGUUAAUCAUCUAGAAUCUAGAAUCCCGA